AGUUUGGUGUGUACGUAAAGUUGCGCUGACGGUCAGUGUGUUUUUUUCAUCAUCUUCCCCGUCUCGCCAUUCGCUGUUCCAAAAAUUUUUGAUCAAAAUAUUUCAACAGUAUUGGAAUUUUCGCAGUGAUUUAUUAACAAUUCAAAACUGUUCGUAUAAAAUGAUGUAAUUCAGUGCUUCACGUUGUCUGCGAGCUGUGGAAUAUAGCGCGGUAAUUUUUUUAUGAGCGCCAUCGAAUAAAAGAUAUAUAUUCCUGCAGGCGGGUAAUAUAUCGUAAGCAUUCUUCUUGGGACCAAACUACAGUGCUGUUCGCGAACAACUUGUGCUUGUGAUUGUUGGACGUGCAGAAUUUUCCAUCAGGCCUUGCUUCACCAUGACAACUGAUUUCACCGAAGAUUUGGAAAACUGGAUGGGCAAACUUCCGCCAGAACUGAGGGCAGUGCCAAUAAUAAAUCUGGCAAUUCCGGGAUCUCAUGACACCAUGUCGUACGGAAUAACAAGAAAAUCUCCUGUGGCACCGGAUGCCGAACCGGUCGUGGAAACAUUAAACAAGUUUAUUCCCUGUGUGGUACGCCGUUGGGCCGUUACGCAGCGAUACGAUGUGGUAGACCAGCUGAAAAGCGGUAUUCGAUAUUUCGAUUUGAGGAUUUGCAUGAAAAGGCCGGAGAACAAGUUUUACUUUGUGCAUGGGCUUUUCUGCGAGGAAAUUACGGAACCAUUAGAACAGUUGAAAAACUUCCUGCGAUCUCAUCCACGCGAAUUUAUCAUACUAGACUGUCAACACUUCUACCUUUUCAAUCCGACCGACCACUGUGUCCUUUCGGCAGAGCUAAACAGGAUUUUCGAUAAGAAGAUCUACUCGCGCAACGUAAAUCAACUUAAGGAUUGUACACUGGAAGCAGCAACCGAGAACGGGCAACAGGUGCUAAUAGUGUAUCGAAGUGAUGCAUGCGUUAAUGACCGUUUCUGGCUUAGUUACGACUGGCCUACACCGUGGCCUAAUGAAGUCAGCGUGAAACAGCUACGACAAUAUCUCGAUGAAAGUUUGAAUCAACGUAACCCAGAAUCCGGCUUUGUCUCACAGUGCGUUCUAACGCCUAGCGUACGAUAUAUAGUCCCUAGAUUCUUGUCUUCGCUACGAUCAACAUGUGCUAAGGAGGUGGACAAAAAGCUCACCGAUUGGAUAAAAUUGCAAACACCUGGACCAUUUACUGCUGAUGACAAACCCAAAUCAAAUGUCUUUCUGGCGGACUUUAUUGAUAUUAAAGAUAGUAACUUCAGUAAGAUUGUAGUAGGGUUGAACAGGAAAAUAUUGGAUCAGAACAGUAGCGGGCAAAGUUCUCCAUCUAAGAAAAGCAUUUAAAAUAAUCAACUUAGGCACUAAAAGCACUCAAAAUAUUGUAUUACUUAUACGUAUUGGACAAAUUUCCACUAUAAUUACUUAUAAAGAAAAAUAUCGAACUGAACUAGAUAGGGUUUGUCACUACUACAAAAACUACGCAUAGAAGCAUCAUUUAAAAAAUUACUCAGAAAGUUGAUCGCUCAUAAAAAAUAAAUAUCGUUAAUUCCAGUUAGUGUCAAUAAAUUUAAUUGUAUCUUUGGGCAUUUAGCUAAUACAUUCUAACAAGUUCGUUUCUAAUUCAAAAGUUUUGAAUACAUCACGUCACUUCAAUAAAUCUGUACAGUAUUUUCUCACAUCACCAUUGGAAAUUUGUUCGAAUCUAGUACGGAUCUUUUACUCUUAAGAGUUAACUAGUUCGGCAGUAGAAUUUAGCAUUUCGAUGCAUCCCUCCAGCAUAGACAUUACGUUCCGCUGUGUUGUGUUGUGGUGGAGUAUUUCGUAAAUUGCAUACUGAUAGCUGUCAUGUAUAUUCUUUAACUCUCUUACCCCAAUUACUUUUGGAUUUCCAUUUGGGAUUUAAUGGCAAUCCAAUUGAAGGACAUCCCUCCAAUAUAGACAUUCUACAGAAAGUAUAAUUGAGUUGCACUGUGCAAUUGUAUUUGCUAAAACACUCAGUUCAGGUUACACUUUGAAUAGUAAACAAAGGAGCGUAUGAAAGACAUACUUCUGUAUAUGAUGUAUUUGAUGCGAAGUUUUUUUUUUGAUAAGGUCUUCCGUUACUUGGCAGUAACUUCUAAAUGUUUUUGUGACCAUUCUGAGACCUAGCUUCAAAUGUUAAACGUCUUCUCGACUGGUAACAUUCCGACUUAACAGAUAGAUAUAUUUCAAAAUAAAAACAUUUGCCAUUGCUGGCCCAUAUUCUUCCAUAGUUAACUGACUAACUGCCAUAUUAUAACAUAUUCUGCCCAUAUUUGCAUAAGAGUCCCAUGUCUGUUUUCUCAGUUCAAAAGUCAGUUUUCUCCUACUUGAAUAAUUUGCCGUUAAUUUUUUUAAACUCCUUUUACAUGAAUAAAUUUAAAAAAAAACCAAUAAAGCCUAGAUCAUUUAAAAAUGGGGCAUUUUAGAGAUAGUAGCGUUCCAAGUGGUCGGAUAUGCAAGUUUUUCACAGCGCUUUAUAAUUAGUAAACCGUUCUUUUCGGUCUAUUUUUUUCACAAUUUGAAACUAACAAAAUCAAAAUAUCACCAUGGUAUCAAAAUAUUCACCAUGCAGGAAGAGAAAAGUAGAAUAAUUUUGCACAGUCCUGCAAAAUCCAUCUGCGUCAAAAACCGAAUUUAACCCUUCAUUCAGUUCCAUGGUUUCUGAAAAAAAAAAUCAAAAUCAUCAAAAAUCGACAUGGGAUUCCUAAGCGAAUCUGGGCAGUAUAGUUUUUUUUUAUCUUUCGUCAGUGUAAGGCAGUGAUCUAUAGUAUAUUUUAGUACUAUACUGCCGUUCUACGCAUAAAUGUCCCAUGUACAUAGGAAAUCCCAGCAAACAUGGGACAAAUAUGCGUAUGACGGCAGUAUAAUAUUGUGAUAAUGUGUUUAGCAGCAGCGGAGCAAAAUAAUUUUGGUACAUUCAAAGUUAAUUGCCUGCGUUCCGGGUAUUCAGCCACCCGAAGUAGAAAUUAAUUACUAUAUCUAAAACUCGAUUAUGCAUAUGCACAACAUGUGAUAGAUUUAGUUCGGAAAAGGUAUUGGAGGGUAACCACUCCCUUCGAUAGGGUUUGAUCCCACGAAACCAGUACGCUAGACAGGUGCUUUCCCUACUAAACUUCGUAGCUUAGUAAGGAAAGCACGGGAAAGUACCUGUCUAGCGUACUAGUUUUGUGGGAACAAAGCCCACCGAAGGGAGUGGUUACCCUUUAAUACCUUUUCCGAAUCAUCUCUUUCACAUUUGUGCUUAUGCAUAAUCCAGUUUCAGACAUAGAAAAUAAUUUUAUUUUAUUUUUAUUUUUGUUCGAGGUUAUAUUAGGGAGCGUCCCAAUUUACGUAACGCUUAGAGGAGGAAGGGGGGUUUGCCCGAAGUGUGACAAUCCAUACAUUUUUUUUGGAUGCUCCAUACAAAAAGUGAGACAUAGGGGCGACGGGGGGUUGAAAAUUGCCAAUUUAUGCGUUAUGUAAUUAAUGGAACCUUCCCAAUAACGACAUAGCCCUUUAAAAGAUCUUCCGCUGUUUAAAUAUAUUAGGAUUGGAUUAUAAUGGUCUACUUCUGGAAAUCACUGUUUUAUAUUUAUCUCUUAUUCAAGGUUUCCAUCUAGAAUUAACAAAAUACGUUUCUCAAACCUCAGCAAGGAUCUAGUCUAUAGUUGCGCAUGCAAGCUAUUACUAUAUAGGCAACUAAGAUAUAGUCUUUCAUACUUUCCCGUCCGGAAGUUAUUGUACUUUCUGAUUUCUGGAUAUUGAAGAACACUCUAACGUGUACCAGAUAAAGGAACAUUUUACCGUACUGUUUUAAAGUGAUAUUUAAAUUUUAAAGUGUUAAAAUGCAAGUAGAAAAGCAGGAAUAUUAUCAAAACAUAGAUAUUUUACAUAAUAACUACACAUAGAUAUAUUUAAUUAAAAUAUAAAACAAACAAUCAGCACACAAUCAAAUGCAAUCAGACUGUUCUCAUGAAGUAGUUGGUAGAUAAUAUUUAUAUUGAUGAAUUUAUGAACGUUGUGGCCGUACAAAACCAGAAUACACAUUUGUGAUGAAAUUCGAUGUUAAAUAAUUGUGAUUUUCAACGUUUAGGAUAAGGUGUUCGGACAAAUUUGAUGAAACAAAUGUAAAACUUUUUGUCAUGUUA